AUGAGUAGAGCCUGGUCGUCAAAGGAUGAUGAAAUCCUUGUUAGUCUUAAUAAUGGAGAAUAUGGAAGAAGAAUGAGAGCAAUUUGUUUAAAGCACAAGAGUGCAAAACAAUGUGCUGACAGAUGGAAAGAGAUUAGGGGAUACAUAUGGUCCACGUUGGAGAAGAAUGUCCUUAGUUCUCCACCGCUCUCCUAA